CACUGAACAUCGAUGGAGCUUCCAAAUUGGCUGCCGAAUCCCCUCAACUAAACCUCAACUGAUUCUCUCUCUCUACUCUUUCCAUCAUUCAUCCCCAAUUCCUUCAACUCAGCUCCGCUCUCUCCCGCUGUAUGCCGUAGUUCUCUCCACCUCUCUCCCAUGGCGUCUUCCGAGAUCGAGGUGGUCUCAUCGGAACCGGCGAAGCCAGAGAAGGCCCCCGCCGAAGCGGCCGUGAUCGACGUCUUUUCCGCCUCCGCCUACGGGGACUUGGAGAAGCUGAGGAAGUUCGUCGAAGGAGACGGCGCCUCUCUCUCCUCUCCUCACGAGAAUGGCUAUCACGCUAUCCAGUGGGCCGCCCUCAACAAUUUCCCCGAAAUUGUUCAGUACAUCGUUGAGCAUGGAGGUAAUGUGAACUCAGCUGACAAUAUGAAGCAAACAGCAUUGCAUUGGGCGGCUGUUCGGGGCUCCAUUGCCGUUGCGGAUGUCCUCUUGCAAAACGGAGCUCGAGGGGACGCUGUUGAUGCGCAUGGUUAUCGGGCAACUCAUAUUGCCGCCCAAUAUGGACAGACAGCUUUCUUGAAUCACCUUAUUUCAAGAUAUCAUGCUGACUUUGAUGCUCCUGAUAAUGAUGGCAGAAGUCCUCUGCACUGGGCGGCAUACAAGGGAUUUGCAGACACAGUUAGGUUGCUUCUCUUUAGAGAUGCUUCGCAGGCAAGACAAGAUAAAGAAGGUUGUACUCCUUUGCAUUGGGCUGCUCUAAGAGGAAAUUUGGAGGCUUGUAGUGUACUUGUCCAAGCUGGCACAAAGCACGAAUUAAAUGUUAAGGAUAGAGCUGGUUUUACUCCUCCACAACUCGCGUCUGAUAAAGGUCAUCGGCACAUUGCAUAUUUCCUUUCUACUGCCCAGAAAAAAUUGAGCAAACGUUGGACAGAUAAAAUUUGCAGUGGGAAGAUGGCCGAUAUUGGUUAUGCACCUAUUCUGUUCAGUACGGUUGUUAUUGGGAUAAUUCUUUUCAUCAACUCAGUUCUUGCAGCACCUAAUCUUCCAAAGACGACUGCUGUUGUGGCCCUAUGGGGAUGGAUAGCUGUGUCUCUGGCAGUUGCUUCACUGUUAUUAUUUUACCGCUGUAGUAGCAAAGAUCCUGGAUACAUCAAAAGCUUGGGGGAGUUAAGUAAUCAUCAGGAUGUUGAGCAGGAUCCUUUUCUCAAUCUCGAUAGUUCCUCUGGAUGGAUGGGAAAUUGGUCUCAACUUUGCCCAACCUGCAAGAUAAUUAGACCUGUUCGCUCUAAGCACUGCUCCACAUGUAAUCGCUGUGUGGAACAGUUUGACCAUCACUGCCCUUGGAUAUCGAACUGUGUGGGUAAGAGAAAUAAGCGGGACUUCUUUGCUUUCAUCUGUAUGGGCACCCUGACAUCAGUCCUCAGUGCUGCCGUCGCCUUUCAUAGGAUAUGGACAGCGCCAGUAUUAUUAGCAAGCGGUGAAUCAUGGAUUCGCCACGUUGUAUUUCAAAAUCCUGGGUUGGCAGUAUUUCUGGUUUUGGACCUUGUGAUUUUAAUCGCUGCUACAACUUUGACAGCAAGUCAGGCGUCCCAGAUUGCUCGGAAUAUAACUACAAAUGAGUUGGCCAAUGCAAUCCGGUAUGGGUACCUCCGAGGCCCAGACGGGCGUUUCCGUAACCCCUACAACCACGGCUGGAGAAAGAAUUGCAGUGAUUUUCUCAUCAACGGUCACACGGUCGAUGAGAUCGCUUGGCCUUCGUUGCAGCAACAGGUUCAAGGUUAGAGCGCUCUCAAGAAUAUCUUAUAUGUUGUUAAAAGCGAUAAGAUUCCGGAUAGGACCUUGGUGUUCUUUUGUCCCGUGCCUUAUCACAGACUAUGCUCGUUAGUGCCCCCGUGAAACAUACUUCUUGUCGAUUGAGAUACAGUUUCAUUGUUCUUUGUAGUUAAGCUCAAUGUCUUAUUGUACAUAGGAUCGGUCGGUGCAAAAUGCUUCGCAAAAUGCCUUUCACCAUAUGUUACAUAAGAUUCAUGCGUGUGUUGUAAUCUUUGACUGAAAAUAGAAUGAAGCCCUUUACUUCGCAGCUGCAUGCUCUUUGUUUGGA